AUGGCCGGUGAUGAUAAGAAUGACUUCAAGCUCUACAGAUACACUCCAUCAACGACUGCAGCUGCACGCUAUCUCAAGCGCGCCCGAGCAUGGUAUUUCAUCGCGUUUGUGAUUGGAGCAUCUGUAAUCCAAAUCAUUGGCUACGUUUGUCGUGUCUUGGCUCAUAGCCACAAAGAUUCAGUCCCAAUAUAUAGCGUGCAGACUAUCCUGAUCCUCCUUGCUCCGCCGCUUUACGCCGCGUCAAUCUACAUGAUGCUGGGAAGGUUGGUCGCCUUUCUGCGCGCUGAGAAACUGAGCAUUGUGCUGGUAAGGUGGAUGACCGAGAUUUUCGUCACUAGGGAUGUGACUGCCUUUAUCAUGCAAGCAGCAGGUGGUGGCAUUAUGGCGAGUGGUACUGUCAGCAGUUACAACCUGGGAGAGCACAUCACGGUUACAGGUCUCUGUGUCCAGCUAGUUUUCUUCAGUUUCUUCAUAAGCACCUGUGCGCUAUUUCAUUACCGCAUUCGCAAGUAUCCCACACAUGAGAUGUGGGAGACUGUCCUUGUUGGGUUGUAUGCCUCCAGUAUUCUGAUCCUUGUACGGUCGAUUUUCCGUUUGAUCAAAUGCAUGCAGGGUAAUGAUAGGUAUUUCAUUAGCCAUGAAGUUUUCAUGUACGUUUUUAGUUCAACCUUGGCGUUUCUUGCUAUGGAGCAAGGCCGCGGAAAUGAGUUCCCUGGGUUCCCAAGUUGCAUUGCAUGA